AUGGCUCAUGAUCUUCUUUCGCUUGUUGAUGCUGCUGCCCUGAAAGUGACCGGGAACUUGAACCCGACCUUGUAUGCUCUCAAGGUCAUUCCACAUCAUCUUUUACCCAGCAUUCGAGGGCCUAAUGAACAGCAUCAUCCUGCUCUAGCUGCAGCUAUUGCUAUAUCAGAGCAGAAAGAGAGCAGAAUUCAAGACAUUGACAUCACCUCACUCAACCUCAGUGACAGAACAAACAACUUGUUUUUGAAUACUCUACUGAAAGGUAGACAAGCUGCGACAAAAGACAUUGUGAAGAAACACAGGAGUGUAGCAUCUAAAGAGCACCGAGAACUGAGGAUCCUGAUGAAUUCAAGGGUUACCGGACAAGAGAUGAAAGCCGUCUUCAAGAAAAGUAAGCAGCUCCAAUAUGCCAAUAUACACGUCCGCAGCAAACGGCUCACGAUAGACCAGUGUGGUACAGAUCUUGUGGAGAGGGUCUUGGAUUUGAUUGAAAAAGAGCUACUGCUUCUAAACCCCAUAUGGCUGAUCUGAACGAUCAGAUGGCUUUUAAUUCCCUCACCGAUGACGAUCUACUCGAUUUACAUAGACCCAGGCGCGGAUCCAGGGGGGGGGGGGCAAGCGAGCCUUGGGGCCCCCCCCCCCC